AUGGGCAUGGAAGAGCACGCGGCGCUGGACAGUCUGGUACGGCGGAGCGCAGAGCCUACGCGGUCGGCAGCGCUGCUGGCAGCGGUAAGUGCAGCGGAGGUCGGCGGCAGUGGAGGAGCCGCGGCCGUUGUGGCGCGUCUCUGCGCCCGCGGCACGCGCCUCCAAAAGGAUCAACGCGACGCCUCGGGCAACACCGCCCUCAUGCUCGCUGUACGGUAUAAUAACCUCGAGAUCGCUCGACUUCUUCUCCUCCUUCGACCUGACCUCUGCUCUCUACAUGCUCGUAACAAGGUGACCUGGCUCGGUCAUGCUCCUCCCCAAUCCCUUUUCAGUAUCAGAGAGGCAAUGACGAGUGCUGGGCGCAGAGCUGGAUUUCGUGCUCCCUUUGUUGGCGAGUUCACACUGUGA